UGUGCAUAGAUUCACCAUGGGGAUCAAGGCUGCCCUCCCCAGAUAUGAGCUGUAUCUCUACACAGCUGUACUCUCUGUGGCCUUGAUAUGGACAGGCAGUUGGAUAUUUGAUGCUUCAAGCGAGAAUGUAAACAGAAAGGUCUUCAAACAAAGUGUGAAACCAGGAUGGCAUUAUUUUGGAAGGAAAAUGGAUGUCGCAGACUUCGAGUGGAUGAUGUGGUUCUCUACAUUCCGCAAUCAUAUCCUUUUUGCUCUCGCCGGCCACGUGAUCUUUGCCAAGAUAUUCACCCUGGUCUCUCCAAAGCACAGAUCCUUGAUCUUUGGUGUGUACGGUGGUUUAGCAGUCCUGGUCACAAUGGGCUGGACCUUCAUGGCUCUGGUUCUGUCUCACUGCAUCAUGCUCUACAGUGUCGCCAUGGUCAAGAAGAAAUGGUUGUGCUUUGCAGCAGGCCUGGCCACACUGGCCUCAAUCAAGCUGGAGCCCUAUAACUCCUGGCAGGAAGCCUUGGUGAGUGGCUCAUUUGAACUACAAGACAUCCUGUUCUACGGAGGCUGCGGCUUCAGCAUCAUGCGCUGUAUGAGCUUUGCUUUGGAGAACUGUGAGAAGAAUGAUGGCAACUACUCAUUCUCUGACCUGCUGAAAUACAACUUCUACCUCCCCUUCUUUUUCUUUGGACCUAUCAUGACUUUCGACAUGUAUCAUGCCCAGGCCAACAACACCAAGCUGACCCGUAAGGAGAGGGAGAUGUGGAACAUCACCACCAAAGCCGUGUUGCACUUGGGAGUUAUUCUGAUGGUGGACGUCUUCUUCCACUAUCUCUACAUCUUGACAAUCCCCAAUGACAUGAAGCUGGCCACCAAGCUGUCUGACUGGUGUUUGGGUGGUCUAGCUUAUUCCAACCUGGUGUAUGACUGGGUGAAAGCUGCUGUGAUGUUUGGCGUCAUCAACACUGUGGCUACACUGGAUCACCUGGACCCUCCUCAGCCACCCAAGUGUAUCACCAUGCUCUACGUCUUUGCUGAGACGCACUUUGAUAGAGGCAUCAAUGACUGGCUGUGCAAGUAUGUUUAUGACUACAUUGGUGGGGAUCAUGACAAAAUCUUCAAGGAGCUCCUGGCAACUAUCUGCACCUUCGCCAUCACCACUCUGUGGCUGGGCCCAUGUGAGCUGGUUUACAUCUGGUCCUUUUUCAACUGCUUCGGCCUGAACUUUGAGCUGUGGGUGGCCAAGCUCUUCUCUUUUCCGCCAUUUUCUACCAUAGAGUAUGCUAUGGGUGAAGCCAUGUCACGCAGGAUCCGUGGUGUGUUCAAUGCCGCCAACUUCUGGUUGAUCAUCCUCUACAACGUUCUCGCUCUCAACAGUUUGGAGUUUGCCAAACUGGUGGGAAGAAGAUUGAUUUUCAAAGGAUUUCCUCUGUCCACCCUCUCAGUGUUACUGGUGACCUACUGUGGCGUGCAGCUGGUGAAGGAAAGGGAACGACAACAGGCCCUGCUGGAUGAACCUGAACCGGUGAAGCCAGUAGAUGGUGGCAAAGAAAAAGCAGAAUAAGCAAACAGAACAAAAACUCAGUUUCACAGACUUCCUGGUCAACACACUCACUUUGCUCCAUCGUCGGCCCAAACCGCCUGGACUGUAAGAGUCAGUCACCACUUACAUUGUUCACACGCCUGUUUGUCAGAAGCAAGGCAAUGUUUUGAACUGUGAAUGAUCCUCAAGUGCACUUGCUGUAGAUAAUCACCACGUCCUUUGGCACAAACCCACCGAUGAUACAUUUUGUAUUUGUAUUUUAUCUGAACAAGAGAUUGUUUAGCAAAUGAAGGGCCUGCCAAAUAUUUUAUGAUGUUAUACCUAAUAGUACAUUCAAUAGCAUACAGUAUCGUAAAGGAACAACUACUUUGCUCUGUGUGGUUGUUCCCUGUGUUCAUUUUUGAUUUUCCUCAAAUUUGGACAUUCUUCCUUUCUUUUUAAACAUCAUGAUUUUUAUCAUUUUUUGUCAGGCGGUGUCUUAAUUUUGCCUUAGACACCUUGGAACCUAAUCGUAAUAAUAUCUGAAAGGGUUAAAACUUGAAGUAACUUGAAUCAGGGUGCAAAUAAUGGAGUGAGAUGAAGAAAAACGAAACAAAGGGUGCUGUGGAGACUUCGGUCUACCACAUUGCUUGCAGCUGAUUGUGAUGCAUUGUGUAAUUG